CAUACGCACUUACUCGGCAUGUAGCUGACCUCUACAGACUGGGAAAAUUCAGUUUCAAACCAUGAAAGGCACCCUCAUCAACUCUGGGCUUCUAACUGAAUGAAAACAACGUACAAGUCCUCUUUCUCUCCUAUCUCGUGCUGCUCUUGCCUAGUCCCUCAUUGGCUGAGAACCGAGGGGUUCUCGCUAGCGCGCUUUCCGUCUCCCCGCCCAUGCCCAUGUCAACACCCUGAAGUUCUCAACACCAUCAACUCGAUCAUUCGCACUGCUCUCUCGCUCGUGAUCUGUAAUUCCCUUGCUCCUGCCAGGACCAUUGCAUUGUAGACUUCAGUUGUGUUAUGGUGUUCACGAGAUCUGUUUGCAUUAUCGGUGCGGGACCUUCUGGACUGGCCGCAGCAAAGGCAUUCCUGCAGCACGGCAGCUAUGUCGUCACCGUGUACGAGGUUGCUGACCGUGUGGGUGGCAUGUGGAGAGCGCGGUCCGGCGAUUAUGGUGACAAGUGCAGCCCGGAGAUGAGAAUAAACCUAAGCCGCUUCACUGUCGGCUUCUCAGAUCUAUCAUGGUCAUCUGUUGACCUUUCAGACCCUGUGACUGGAGCGGCUUCCCCUUCGGCACCUCCAAUGUUUCCCAAAGCAUGGCAAGUCGGGCGGUAUCUCGAGAAGUAUACCGAAAAGUUCGGCCUAGAGUCGAACAUCUUCUUCAACCGCAAAGUCGUCAACGCAGAUAUCCUUGAAGACAUGAAGACCUGGCAGGUGUCAACUUACGAUUUGAGAACGGAUGAGUCUGAGACAAAGACCUUCGACUAUCUCGUCAUUGCAAGUGGUUUCUUCAAUCAACGAGGCCGCUCUUUCGCUCCCUCAGCCGGUGGGAACACCUCGAACAUCCAGCAUUCCUCCGCCUUCCGCGAUCUUCUUUCGCUCACAGAGAAAUCUGGGAAGAUCGCUGUCAUUGGUGGGGGAAUCAGCGGAUCCGAAGCUGCCGCCCAAGCUGCCUUCCAGAUCUCAAGCGCCAAGAACUCGCCCGGCAAGAGCAAGCCUGCCUACGCGGAAAGCAGGAUCUAUCACAUCAUCAACCGACCUUUCUACUCUCUCCCCCGAUACCUUCCUCAGAAUCCUCUUCAGGAAUCCUCGCAAGACACCAAUCUGGCACCAACCUUCUUACCACUCGACCUCGUCCUCUACAAUCUCUCGCGCCGUGGAGAAGGUGAGAUCUCGGCAUCGAUAACGACGGUCCCGCCUGAGAAGGCACAGAAAGGCCACGAGUUCAUGCGAUCGGUAAUUGGUGGCGAUCAGCAAGAGUACGGAAGCCCGGCGCUAGUGUAUGCAGCAGAUCAGACGCAGUACCCUGCAUACUGUGGGAUCAGUGACACUUAUCUCGAGUUCGUCAGGAGCGGACUGAUUGUACCAGUGCAAGGCUGGGUCGAGAGCAUUGAGCAGAAAGACGACGGCGACACCUUGGAUAUUGCGCUGGAGCAUAAGGGGCCAUGGUCCAGAGAGGCAGGGACCAAGAGUCAGCUCUCUGAUGUGACAGGUAUCAUUGAGGCCAUGGGCUACAAGGUUGACCUCGACUACCUACACGAUACACCGAAGGGCUUCCUCUACCCCGACUCAUCCUGUCCUCGCAUCCCUUUUCUCCUCACUCGCGGCUCUAUGCUCUCAGACAAUCCCACUCUUGGGUUCGUCGGGUUUUAUGAGGGGCCGUACUGGGGAGUCAUGGAGGUACAGGCACGCUACAUCGCCAACUCCUGGUUCGAGUCGACCCCUGAUCCCAUGAAUUUUCCGAGAGUUGGUUUGAACCAGCUUGACACCACCGAGCGUAUGCGACACCAGCUUCGAUCUGAGGGCUCUCUACAAGUACCUCAGUUCUGGAUGGCUGACUACGUCGGUAUCAUCGAGGAAAUUGCACGGGAAGCCGGCGUCACGCGGAAAGACUCAGCCUUUGGCGGCCAGAAUGGCCCUGUUUUUCCAUCGCGCUAUCAGGGUUCCGGCACAGAUAACGAGGCUGAUGUUGUUGUGCAGGAGGUCGCGAACACACUGAAGGCUUCGAACGAAGACGCCAAGUUCGUCGCGGCUGCUGUCUUUCGGGCCAUGCAGGGCGUCUGGUCGUUACAUCGCAAAAUUGCCAGCCAUAAUACCAACCCUGGUGGUGUACUCACAGGUACAGCACAAUUCCACCCUCGCGCGCCUACCGACCCUGCAUACGCCGCCGAGUACCUCUACAUCGAGAAGGGCGUCUUCAGCAUGGACAAUGGACUUUCCUUCCAUGCGACUCGCCGCUACGUGUACCGCUACAACGAGACAACGGACAAGAUUACAGCAUGGUUUGUCGAUGAAGAUGGCGAGUCAACAGGUGUCUUCUUCAACAUGUGGGAGUUCUAUCCUCCUGCAGAUGAGCGACAUGGAUGGAUGGCGAAGGGCCAUCAUUGGUGUGAUCCAGAUACAUACAAGAGUGGCUGCGAAUUCAAGUUCCGCGGUGCAAGCCUGCAAUCCUUCGGUAUUACGUACGAGGUCGCUGGGCCAAAGAAGGACUACAAUCAUGAGAGCUCAUACGAGAGGCCGAAGAACCAGGAGAGCUCUACCAGCCUACUGUAGAGGGCCAAUCUUGAUCACAGCGACCACGAAAUUUGCCUCGUCUUACUGUUGAGGUCGGUUAUUCCCUGCUCGAAAUCUUGGACAUUGUUGGCAAAUCUCAGGUACUAAACGCUUGCACGAUAUGUACCGCUUGAUUCAGGAUUGUCUUACUUCUCUCGAUCACUUCCGUACGAGAUAGGUGCCGGCGAUGUCCUGAAAGGCACCCUUCGCAGUCGGCCCGGUCUCGUUCGUUUUUCACCUGGUCGAUCUUUUAGAUCACAUUUGUACUACCAACUAAUAACAAUCUUGUGGUCAAUUUCAUUGACUUGUCUGAUUAUCAGUUGUCCAACC